AUGGUAGAAGGACAAUCAAGUCAACAAGUGACAUGUCUUUCAUGGAAUAAUGAGGGAACCAAUCUUGCAGUUGGCUUAUCGCAUGGUUUUAUUAUUUACAGUACGGAGUUAUUAUUAGAGGAGGAUGGAUGGUUGCAUGAAGUCCUUCAACGUCCUAUUAUAGGAGGUGUAGGUGUUAUGGCAUUACAUGGACAAGGUAAUAUCAUUCUAAUAGCAGGUUGGACACCUUCUCAUCGAUCUACUGUUAGUAUAUAUGAUCUUACUAUUGAUGAAAUGCAAGAAGGAAGGGAAUCCAUAUUGGCAAGUGUAACUCUUUUUUCUCCAGUAACUGCAUUACGAUUUCAUCCUCGUUUAAUUAUGGUAGGUGAAAGUAACCAAGUACACCUUUUUGAUCAUUCACUUAAAAAAGUUCAUUCAUUUACAGUUUCAAAAAAAGCUAUGAUAUCUAUUGGAAAUGUUAAAACUAUGGCAUUAGGUACUAUUCUUGUGAAAAAACCAGCCGCUGGAGUUUGUUUUUCUCUUUUACUUGGAGUUAUUCCUGGACCUAGUAUUGGAUCUGUACGUUGUAUUCGUUAUGUUGCGGAUCGACAAUUAGAUACUUUAUUUUCACAACUUUCACCUACAUGUCUUACCGAUAUGGAUGUGCGUCCUUUAAGUGAAAAUAUUAUAGAGAUUCAUCGAAAUGAAGUUCAUUGUAUUACCAUUACUCCAGAUGGAACUCGAGCUCUCACAGUGAGUGAGCGAGGAACAUCACUUAAAUUAUUAGAUGUGGAAAAUGGUAUAGUUUUAUCUGCAUUUUCACGAGGGAAAACACCAAAUUUAGUUCAUACUCUUGGGUUACUUGUUUCAUCUACAGAUACAGUAGCUGCUUGUGUUUCCGAUACUGGAACCUUUCAUCUUUUUCAUAUUCCUAUUGUGGAAGGUUUAAGUAAUCGAUUACCAAUCUCCACUGGUACAGAAGGUGGUUUCAGUGAUACUAAAAUUUUUAAAGCAUUUAAUGAUUAUAUAAAUAGUAUGAAUGCCAAAGCACGCCUUACUAUACCUGAUGAUGGAUUAUAUGAUAAUCUCUGCAAGUAUAGGGAUUAUAAUAGAUCCAUGUAUACAUUAGCACUUCGACCAAUGGUAAAUAAAACAUCCUCAUGUAUAGCUCAUGUGGUUCAAUGGAAUGUUUCUCAAGAAGGGUUGGCAUUGAAGGCUCGAUUACUUUCUAUUCAGAUAGAUUUAUCAGCAACCAUGACUGGAGAAAGUGUUAAGGUGAUACGUACUUUCUAUUUUCCAAAGGAUGAGUUGUAA